AUGGGUACUUGUGUUUCAAAUUAGGAUGAUGUUAGAAAUGCUAAUCAAAUAGCUUUAUAAUUGUAAAUAAUAACAAAGGAAUAUUUAGAGAAAUAAAACAUUUCACAUGGAGUCGAGAUUCUCAUGGUUUAUUCGAUUAUGAAAAUAAAAAUGUGAUAAAAGGGUAAUUAAAAACUAAUUCCUCUAAAAGUAUUAAUUGUUAUUAAAACUAGUGAUUUUUAUAAGAUAAAAAGAAGCAAUAAGAAUUAUUUAAACAAAAGAUGAGCUGUUAGUAAUAAAUAAAUUUUAAUGAAUACUUUUAGUAGUAUUAAAAUUAAUCAGAUGUACAAGAACUCCUAAGAAUAAAUCGUUAGAUAACUAAAUAUUUUAUUGAAUCUAUAUAUCAACAACAACUAUCAGAAGAAACUGAAGGCUUAUCAGAUUUUAGUCCUUGGGUUGUUGUAAAAUCAUUGAAGCAAAAAAAUGAUUAAUCAGUUAAUUUAUUCAAAUAAAUUUGAUAGGGCUAUUAAUUGAAAUAAAAUGAUUACAUAAAGUUAGGCAGAGUUAGGUUUCGAAUUAGAGAGAUUAAUUGUUCUAAUGCCAACUCUUAUAUUUAGGAAACACCAAUAGAACCUCAAUUAUAAAAGUUCGUAUCUGAUAAAAGUCUAAACAUUUUAAACAUUCAUACAUAAGAAGAUGAAUAGAUUUAGUCAGAAGAACCUUAAUGUAGAAUUUGUUAUAAUGAUGCUUAAACUGAUUUAAAUAAUCCUUUGAUAGAUUGUUGUAAAUGCCAAGGAUCUGUUAAAUAUAUACAUUUGAAUUGUUUGUAAAUUUGGCUUUAAAAUAAAUUAUAAGCUAAAACAACUAAAUUCUCUGUAUCUUUUUAAUGGAAACAAUUUGAAUGUGAAGUCUGCAAAGCACCUAUUCCAAGUACAAAUCAUUUUAAAUGAAUAGAUAGAAUUAAAUAUUAAAAUAGAGUUUAUGAGACAAUAGUUAUUCCAAAACCAGAACCUCCUUAUUUAACUUUAGAGAUUUUAAGUAGAGACAGAAAUUAAAGUAAAGGAACACACAUCAUAAGCUUCUCAUAAAAAUAGUUUAUUAAAUUAGGGAGGGGUCAUGAUUCUGAUGUUCGUAUUACUGAUAUAUCGGUUUCAAGAUUACAUGCUAUAAUAAAAUAUUCUAAUUGUAUAUAUUGAUUAUAAAUUAACAUAGCAUAAUUUAUUAUUGAAGAUCAAUAAUCCAAGUUUGGAACCUUAGUAUUAAUGAAAAAUCCAACCUAAGUUUCUGUUGAUCUAAAUAAAACUCUUGCUAUAUAAAUAGGUAGAAGCGUUCUCAAUUUUUCAGUGUCAAAAGAUUGGAAUGUUUAGACCUGUUGUAUGUAUGAAUUAUCUUAUGAAUAUUUUAGGGGUUCUGUAUCAGAUGAAUAGAUACAACAAUAAGAUGAUAAUAAUAAUUUAAUAGGGAGUGCCAUUGGCGAUGAUGAUUAGAUUUAAAUUGAACAAGCAUUUAUUAAUAAUGGAGAAUUAGAUUGA